CCCACUCCCACAAACCCCAACACAAAGAAAAAGAAAGAAACUCAUACACACAAUAACCCUAGCUAGCUACCUAUCUAUCUAUGGCUGAAGGAUGUGGUGGAAACUCAGUUGCAACCACUUCUCCUGCUUCCUUCAAUUGGUGGUACCUCCAUGCAAAUCAUGCUACUAAUACUAACGCAUAUAAUAAUAAUAAUAAUAAUUCUUCAUCAUGUUCUUGUGACGAGGAUAUAUCUGUUUCAACAUCUUUCACUAAUGCCUCCAACCAUUCAACCCUCACUGUUGAUUCUUCCCGAAGGCUUCUUCAUCCUUCCUCCAACAACAACCACUUCUUGCCCGAACAUGCUGACGAUAAUCAUCUUUGGAAUCAUGUUCUAUCAGCUGUUGGAUCAAACGGGGAGUUACACAACAAUGAAGAAAUGGGAGAAAUGAAGUUUCUGGAUGCACUAUCAUCUAAGAACAUGACAAGCUCUAUGUUUGAAGAACCGGCAUGUGACUACUUGAAGAAACUUGACACCACUACUAGUUGGGAAUAUAGUGGUGGAUCAACUUCUUCAUCAUUCAACAACAGUUUUGAGAAGCACUUGAAUAAUAAUAAUAAUAAUAAUAAUAAUAAUAAUAAUAAUGGGUUCAGUGAUGAUGCAUUGAUUGAGAAUAAUGAAAGGUUGACUAAGUUAUCUAAUCUUGUUAGCACUUGGUCUAUUGCCCCACCUGACCCUGAAGUUAGUAGUAGCCACUUUGAUCAUCCACCAACAAAUAAUAAUAAUCAUCAUCAUCAUCAUGACCUUAAUUGUAAUUUCAAGCAACAAGUUUUUAUUGGAGAUUCCACAUCAUACCCUCCAAUCAGUAGCUAUGAUCAUCCCACAAAGGUGAAGGAAGAAUUUCAUCAUCAUCAUCAAACAAAUAGUGGAUUUCAAAAUGGACUAAUUAAUGGUCUUUCUUCAGUGAUGGGAGGAGGAGAUAGUAGUGGUAAUAAAUUUUACCAUGGUUUGCCAAACCUUUCUUCAUGCACAAGAAACAUCUCAGAUGUUAUUUCCUUUAAUAGUAGGCUUGGGAGGCCAGUUCUUGGAAUCCAUGCACAAAAGCCUAAUAUCAAAUACAUCAAUAAUUUAUCUGAAUCAAAGAAGCACCAAGGUCUUCAAACAACUUCCCCGAUAAAUAGAAGUAAUAAUGGAAGAGUAGAGGGGACAACAGCUCGUGAAGUAAAGAAGAAAAGAUCUGAAGAAUCUUCAGAAGCAAUCUUGAAGAAGCCUAAGCAAGAUACAUCCACAGCUUCUUCUACAAAGGUGCAAGCACCCAAAGUCAAGCUGGGGGACAAGAUCACAGCCCUUCAACAAAUUGUGUCUCCAUUUGGAAAGACAGACACAGCUUCGGUGCUGUUUGAAGCAAUUGGGUACAUAAAGUUUCUUCAAGAACAAGUCCAGCUACUAAGCAACCCUUACUUGAAGUCUAAUUCCCACAAGGAUCCAUGGGGAAGCUUGGAUAGAAAAGAUCACCAUAAAGAGGAUGCAAAAUUAGACCUUAGGACUAGAGGACUUUGUUUAGUUCCAACUUCAUGUACUCCUCUUAUUUACAGAGAGAACAGUGGACCAGAUUAUUGGACACCAGCAUACAGAGGAUGUUUGUAUAGGUGAAAAUUGAAAUGUCAUUAUGCAUGGCUAAUAUAAAUGUUAAUAUAGUACUUUUGUUUGGUUUGCUCUUGGGAAACAUUUUACAAAGGUCUGUUAAAUAAAACAUAUGUACCCAUGGUGAUAUUCUAAUAUAAAUAACUUUUUGUUUUAAUGUAAUUCAUAUA